AUGGAAAAUCCAGGUAAAAAUGUGACGGAGGAUGAGGUACCUAAUGCGAAUGCAAUUAAAUCGCAUAGAUCACCACGCGGUAAAAAUGGCCCAGUCGAAAAUAAAGGUAAUGCCUGCGCCUCAAACGCUAAUGUAGCAAUUAAUUUGCCAGAAACGACGACAGCAAUUCUCAAUACAGGGAUUUUAGAUAGGAGGCUCUCAAUUACAGACACAGAGGAGCCUUUUGAUAAUUUAGAAAGCAAGGUUCAGGCACUUGUUGGUAUUAUGAAUAGCCAGCGUCAUAUAAAUCAAACAAUGAAAGACCUAGUAGCAAGUAUAUCACAGGAGAUUAAAAAAGCUAUUGCUAAAUACAGAAGCCCAGGCCUGUCAAGGACAACAGUGGACGCGCAGACCCAAUGUGGUAACAAUGAAGUAAAGAAGCGUUUAGUAGAGAAGGCUAAAACAGUGAAAAAUCAAUUGCAUCAGAUGUCUGCACCUAGUAGUUUGCCAAUAGUCAAUAUUACGAAUAGUGAAUCGCAGCCGAAAAUAAAUGAUAUACGCAAAACAACGUGGACUAAAGUCACUCGUAAUAAGAGCAAAGAAGCACCUGCCAAUGUAAGAGAGAAGUCCACACGUCCAGAAGCGAUAAUUGUACAAAAAAAGGGAGAAGCAAGCUAUGCCGACAUGCUCAAGAUGUUAAAGUCGAACUCUGAACUGGCAGAUUUGGGUUCAACCGUAAAUAAAAUACGAAGAACUGCGAAAGGCGAACUCAUGUUGAUUCUUAAGCGCGGACCUGAAGUGGACGCAAACAAGCACAAAGGUAACAUCGCAGAAGUGCUUCAUGAUUUCGCUGACAUACAUGUAGUAAGCCAACAAACCACCAUUGAAUGCCGUGACUUAGACGAGACCACAACAGUUUCAGACGUUUGUACCGCCAUUAGAAGCCAAUUCCCUAGUAUUGAAAGUAUGAAGCCAGAAGCGGUAAAAGUAAUUCGCCCCUCACGGUACGGGACACAAAAUGCGAGAAUCGUUCUUCCCACUCGCGACGCUAAAAUUCUAAUAAAUGCUGGGCGCAUUCGGAUUGGCUGGGUAGUAUGUAGAAUUAGAGAGUUCCUACAACCAACUCGAUGCUAUAAAUGUCUAGAAUUUGGACACGUUUCAAAAUACUGCAAAAAUGAUACCAAUCGAGCAGGAGCGUGCUUUAGGUGUGGUAAUACAGGUCAUAAAGCCAAAUCUUGCGACAAGACACCCAGGUGUCUGCUAUGUCCUGCCGAUAAUAACAAUCAUGAUAUGUUAAAUAAAAUCUGUCCAGUCUAUCAAGCCGCUUGUAGAAAAUUACAUAUACAUGGUUAA